AUGGCUAGUUUAAGUGGCUUCGAGCUAGCCAGUCUCGAGUCCCUAGACCUCGGUCACGAGCCAUGUCAGCUGACCAGGACUUUGAAGGCCUGCAUGACACGAGAAGACGCCAGCCUGGUGCGGCCAGCAACCAAGACCUCUGGAACACGAACAAGUCCAAAACAGGAUCAGCGAGCUUUCACGCACUCUAUGCAGUAUAUCCCCCUCAGGGAUGUCACUUCAACAUGCCCCUCUGAUGUACUGGCAUCCUUUGAUGGUGCAAGUCCUUCAAAUGAAGCCAGCCAAAGUCGAAGAUGGGACCUUGCGGGCCACUUUGCUCUCUUCCAUCUUCCGGCGGUGGCAGUUACGGUUACGCUUCUCUGCCUAUACGCUUCGGAAUUCCACUGGCCUUAUGGUCAUCCUACUGCCGAGGAGCUCGCGGCCCUUCAAUUUGCUGCAAAGGGGCACGAGGCUUUAAUUCUCAUCUCCUUGACGGAUGUUUUACUAUCCAAGAUCUCCUACGGCCUUUUGAACAGCAAUGUCGGUGUCCCGCUCGGUUUCAUCUCUUCGCCCUUCUAUCUGGGUUCUCCAAUAAGAUAUCUUUUCAGCUCAGAACUGUGGUCCGCUAUACGACACUCUGUCACGAGGCGAGUUUUUCCGAAAACGACGGGGCUUGUCAUCCUCAUCACCGCUUUGCUUUGUAUUGCGGCGAAUCCGUUGUCCGCCAUCGCAAUGAUCCCACGUGAGAUAUGGCGAAGCUUCCCAAAAGCCGAUCCUGGUCACUCAUUGGAGAUUGUGUGUUAUGUCGAUGAGAGACUUUACGAGUUGGAUCUUGAUUCUCAACAUGUUCCCGAGCCUCACCAUUCCACAAAGACCUCGACCUGCACAAAUGCCAGAUGCCCAGGUAGCAGGCGACAACUGCACUAUCUAUCCAACAUCAUGGACCCUUCUCAGUCCGAUAGUCCGGGAAACCUCGCAAGGUAUAAGCUACAGAACGUCACAUACACGUAUUACGACAUAUCGUCCACCUCUCGGCCUCUCUCACUCUCAAUCAUUGACCGUUCGGAAACCAAGUCCAAUCUGAUCGGUUAUGACCCGCCCAAUGGCGAUUUUGCCGUUGCGACAUGCCCCAUGGCUUUCCUAGCGAACUAUUUCGACUCAGGGGGUGGGAUCAAGGAUGUGAACUCAGAUUGGCCUCAGUGGCUCGUAGAGACGAAACAAAUGGAUGUGAACGGCACGAUACGCAAAUGGAAACAGCCUCUUGUUCUUGUCAACUGCCAUGCAGAACACCUCGAGGGAAAUAUUGUGUCGAUGGAUUUCGACUCCGAACUUUUGAACGAGACGGUCACCCUCGAUACUGAACACAAUGGCGAUCUGAGGGAGCUAGUCAACGAGAUUAGAAGGCCAUCAGGUACUAGCGGAUAUCGCGUUUCAGCCUUCGGGACCAACACAAGUGCACCUAUUAGCGGGAGCAUCAUCUUUGCCACACGUGGCACUGCCGUCGGAACCGAGGGCGAGGCUGCGGAUGGCAUUGAUGUCAGUCUCUGCCUCAUUUCCGCGCACUGGGUAGAGGCAGAUGUCUGGAUAGAGUCAAUCACAUCUGGUAUCGUCCAGAGUCACUUGGAAACGUCCAUUGAGGGGCUCCUUGAUCAUAUUGGAGACUCUUCUACGAGUACACCCCUAAUCAAAAUGAGGAAGGGGUGGCUGGCCGGUAUCGAUACUCGCAUAGACAUGGCAUCAGACUCGGCGUAUCGACUCAUGUUGAGUUACUGCCUCGAAGAGGGGUCCUCCUUUCCCUUCCUUCACGACUGUCUCUCCCUUGCCCUCGCUACUCACAUCACUGACGCUUUGUCACAGCCCUCAAGUUUUGAUGGUAUGCCGAUUGUUAAUCUUGUCGAGAUGCCAUCAACUGGCGAGAUCACAGUUAUUGAUCACUCAUCUUGGGGGAAAGCAUUCACUUAUACCUUUAAGAACAGCCGCACUAUUCCUCUAGCUUUUUCUGCCCUUUUGCUUCAUGUUUCGAUCGUUCUUGUACACCUCGCAUUUGCUCUUCAUUCUCAGUAUCCAUAUUACAAGACGAGCUGGGGAACCUUUGGGGAGAUGUUUAUUCUUGCUCUGCGCUCGAGUCCAGAAGGGACAACAAGUGGCUCUAAGGCAGAAGUCGCGGUCUCUCAAAUGUGGAGGGAAACAGCUACGGUACGCUCGAUGGCUGGUGAUGGACGGGUGCAGAUUUUCCUGGGGGAGAGUAAAAAGGAUGCCACACAACCUGAGGGGUCUGAGGGAGAUGGCACAGGAGAUAAUUCUUCGAGACUCUAG